ACAUACUAUACGUUUUUAGUGAGCGUUUUCUUGAAUACUUGCUAUUUUUAGUCCCCUCAAUUCAUAAUUGACAAACAGUUAUCGCUAAUUUCUACUGAAUAACUGUUGUGCACAAUUUCCCAGCCGGAAUCAAACUGAACAUGCCAGCCUAUAUCAUUCGAGAAGUUGCUAGCAAUGUUAGUUUCAUCAAGCGAGAAAAACUAGACAAAGGAGUCGAAUAUUUCCGCAAGGCGAUCGAUAACACUUCGGAAAAGUUUGACAUAGGUGUAGUUAUUGGUGAAUUAUCUUCACAUCUUUGUCACUUUGGUAAUAAAGUUACUUAUGAAUGAACAAACAAGAAGUGGAUGCUCCAUACAUUCUGGAACAAAUACCAAGGCAUUAGCUAAUGGGCAAUAUCAAAACGAACUUGCAUUGAAUGACUUCUCCUGGAUUAUGAAGCUUCCGAAUCUUCAACUUAAUUCUCUUGUUGUCAGCCUUUUGUUGGAUGGAGUCGACAGGGAAAUACGUUCUAGAAGAGUUCAAGCCAGUCUGAGCAGUUUAGAAACUAGAGAAAUCUAUCUUGGAGGAAUUUGCUUUAACGAAUUGACUUCGAUUCUGCCACAUUUCAAAGCAGGAACACUCAAAGAAAUUUCUUUGGACCUAAUAAACAAGGCUAUCGGAGACGCAUCACAACAAGAACGGAAUGCGAAGCCACCUCCAACAGCUGAAAAACUGUGGGAAGUAGCAAAUACGGGACAAUGGAAAAUGGCAAAAAAAUUAACCAUCUCCUGGAGAAGUCAUACGUUGAUGCCAAUGGAGUAUCUCUACAACUUCGAUCCAUUCGAGCUUCAUCUAAUCAGAUUUAAUCCUGAAGAUGCAGUUAAGAUUAGAGAUAAAGAACGGGCGAAAUUGGUCAAGGUCAACGAUUUCUACAACGAGGACAAUCUGCUUGGGCAAGAAACUCCAGUUCGAAUUCCCGCCAUGCGAGCAUUGGUCGCAUUGUCGUGCCGAGACCAGUCGUCGUUAAAGGCUGCGCCUUUAAUCCGGAAGCCUAUAUAAGGAGAGGAGUACGCUCAUUAAUCAUCAUUUUUUAACGUUCAACCUGAUGCUGUCGUUUCUUUCUCCUUUCCCGUUUACUCUGUUUUGACGAUGCAAUUCGUCUCUUUCCCUUUAUAUAAUAAAC